UUGGCAGGCCAGCGCGUAAUCCUGACUGGGGGCUCCCAAGGCAUCGGCUUUGAGUUGAUGCAGCUGUACUGCCGAAAUCAUGCCCAGGUUGUUCUUGCUGCUCGUCGCACGGGCCCGCUCAACGACGCAGCCAAGCGCUGCCAGCAGCUUGGCGGCACGCCAUAUGUGGUCGCAGGCGAUCUAGCUGAAGAGGCUCGAGCUCAGGCACUCGUCGCCACUGCCGCCGAGCACAUGGGGGGCAUCGACACGGUCAUCCUGAACCACGUUGCCGGCUACUGGGGGAACUGGCUCACGGACAUGGCGGACAACAACAUCAGCAGUCACUUGGAAUGGUACUUUGGCGUCAACACCUACAGCUAUAUUUAUGUGGCUGCGCAUGCCCUCCCGUACUUGGAGGCUACCAACGGCCGCCUUGCUGUAGUGAGCUCGGCUGCGGGCCUGCUGGGCCUGCCACGGGUAGCCACCUAUGCUGCCACCAAGCAUGCGCUCCAUGGCUUCUUCAACUCGCUGCGCUUUGAGCUAGCCGAGCGGGCCAGCAAUAUCUCCAUGACUCUGGCCAUUCUGGGUAGUAUUGACACGACAUCAGCGCGCGAGAACACGCACGGCGAAAUUGACCACAUCCCACGCGUGUCGGCGGCAGACACGGCGCGCGCGAUUGCCACAGGAGUACAGCGGCGGCAACGCGAGGUGUUCUAUCCCUUU